AUGACGAGCUCGUCUACAUCGACCGGCGCCUCGGCGGCAGACGCGGACUUCAUCAUACCGAUUGAGACGAAGUACGUGUACGUCACUGCCCGAAGUGUGCCUCGUGAGAUGCUGCUCAUGACAGGGGACUGUCCCAUCUGCAAGAGCGCCCUUGGACAGCCCUGUGUGAAGUGCACCUCUUCUAUGGACGAAUGCCCCGUCGUCGUCGGAGUGUGCGGUCACAUCUUUCACCAGCACUGUCUCGAGCAGUGGCUGCAGGGGACGUGCCCCCUCUGCCGCAAUCCGUGGCAGCAGGAGCGCAUCGUUCAGCAGAACUAG